AUGACAUUUGGAAUUGCUUCAUCUCAAUGGAGUUAAUUAAAGUGCCUAAUAAAAAACCAGGCUCAUACAAAUACUUGUAUGGACCUUUUAUUUAUAAUGAAGUAAGGAGAUCAAACGGAAAAAAGUUUAAAUGUGUUGAAAGUAGAGCGAAAAAUUUAUGUACGGCGACAGUGACUAAAAAUGAAACAGGUUAUUUUAUUGAACAUAAUCAUCCACCACCACCACUAUAUGAAGCUCAAAAAGAAAUUGAAAGCACAGCUGAUUGUUUAGCUGCAGAGUCUAAAUUAUCGUCAUCGCAAAUAAUAAAUUUAUUGAAGAGAAAGAUUGAAAAUGCUCGUAUGAAAUCACAAAAUGUAAGAACUUUAAUUUCAAAAAGGAAAAAACUUCAAAAACCGAACAUCCCCUUUUUUCUGAAAGACUUAAAAAACUCUAUAAUAAAUUAUUCACCAAUUAUGAGCAUUUUUCGGGCCCAAGUAAAUGCCGAGGAUGGUUCGACGGCAAUUAUUUUUUCAACAAAAGUAAUGUUUGAUCGUGUUGGCACUGUUGAUGAAAUUAAUCUACAUCAAACAUUUAAGGGCAUACCAUGUCUUUUUGUAGUUUGUAAUUCUACGUCUAAAUCAUUAUACACCGCCAUAUUACAACUAGUUUUUCGAGUACCGUCUAUUAAAAAUAAAUUAAAAUCAGUCGUGUGUGAUCUUUACUUACCUAUUAUGGAAGCAAUCCAAGAUGUAUUACCAAAUGUCUAUUUAAGAGGAUGCUGGCUUAGUUACAUGAGGGUAUGUAUAACAAAAAUUUAUACAUAAUUGUCUUAAAGAUUCCGUAAUUUA